AUGGCCACCACAACCGCUGGCUCGACCGCCGCGUCGCAGCCGACCUCUGGUAUCUCUACACCCCAAUUCCCCACGAGGUCGCGCGCCCAAAGCAUAUCGAGCGAUCGUCCUUCCACCAUCAUGAGUUUCGGCCUCAUGUCUCCCCCCUUCUCCGUCACACCCGAGGCCGCCUUCAUUGCCGCCUCAGCUGCUUCUCAGAUUGUCACCAACGACCACGACAGCUAUGCAGACACAUGGUACGAUCAACAUGGCAUUGAACCUGCCGGCGAGACGGCCAUGGUCUCGGCAUCCGCCCUGCGAUUGGUGAACAGCUUCCUUGACCAGCUUCUCUUCAACUUCCUAUCAGCGUCUCGCGCAACGACACUCGCCGCAUUGAGGCCCGCCGUCUCCGAAGUACUGAAACCGAAACUUGCCAAAGAUGCCAUCAACCAGGCAGACGAGGAGCUACGGGAAUACCUCGGCGGGGCCGACGAGGAUGACUUCGUUCAGCCUCAAGGCGCGGGAUCCAAGGAUUGGGACCUGGAACUCGUCUGGAGGCGGACGCGACUCAGGUGUAUGGUGUACUCCUCACUGGGCGACAUGGAAGAGGAGGACGAAGACUAUCAUAUGGAUCAAGGAAACCUCAAGCCUGGCAUCGACGAGCGCGGUCCCGAGGUGAUCUCUCCAGCAGUCGCCAUCUUCCUCACGUCGAUUCUCGAAUACAUGGGUGAACAGGCCUUGGUCAUUGCAGGUCAAGCUGCAUAUCACCGUCUACGCGCCAAGUUUGAAAAAGAACCCAAGGGGGGCGUGAACAGUACUGCCGACAUCGCCGACAGAAUCGUGGUCGAAGAGCUGGACAUGGAACGGGUCGCUCUUGAUAGGACUCUGGGCAGACUCUGGAGGUCGUGGAAGAAGAGGCUUCGUUCCCCUGCUCUAGACGCGCGCCCCUUUUCAAGUGCCUCUUCCGUCCGUUACAGGCAGAACAGCACUCCCGAGAACCCGCUCCCUGAAAAGGGGCUUGGCAUCCAAGAAGCACCGCAAGAGGAGUCCGAGAUACAACAUUCCAAUGGUCACCUGAAGGCAUCGGCUAUCCCGCUACCGAUUGGGGAUCGCGAUAUUGACGAGAUUGAGGUGCCGGGCCUAGCCUCCUACAGUGACGACGAGGAAUCAGGUAGCGAGGAAGAGGAGCCUCUAGCGCAACGGCCCAAGAGUCUGAUGAUCUUCACCUCCCAGCCUAGCGAUGGCAUACCCACACCUACGAUGUCUCAACCUCAUACUCCGAUUGCCCCUUCCGGUCGCAAACGCUCCAACUCGCUGCCCACCCCUUCCCCUUCGCCUUAUACUUCGCCGGUCCUCAAACGCGCCGGGUUCGACCCGGUCCAGACUGAACCGGCUGGUGAACAGGCGCGUUCGGGUGAGAACGAAAUCUCGACAGAGGCGAUUCCUACGGACCUGCAAUCGGCCGGCAGGUCGCAAACCUCACCCGGAGUGCUCGCGCCGGUGCAAGAGUCAGUCGAGGUGGAGUCUCAAGCAGAGAUUGAGAAGGUCCCGGAACCCAAGCCUCGUAACCCGAAUCGACUUUCAAGAAAAUCGCUGGAGCCUAAGCCCAAACCUAAGCCAGUUGAAGAUGAGAGUGGUGGUAUUGACGACUUCACUGAGGAACCCGAAAUUUGCACGUCUUCCAGGGUUUCGAUUGCCGGUCGCAGCUCGCCGAGCCACUCGGAAUCCGGAAGGGCCGUUGUGGUCGAUCCCAAGAUGCUGCAGCGAACGCCGAGUGUCCACUCAGCUCGUGUUGUUGAUGUCCAUGGGCCUAGAAGCCCCGUGAUCGGAUCAAGAAAGUCGUCGGUGGAUGCGUCCGAUCGCCCGGUUGACAUUUCUCGCGCAAACAGCGGCUCUCGCGUAGCGCCCCCGAUUUUUGAAGAGGCACAGAAACCGAAGCCAGGCGAGAUUGACAUCGUCAUUCGCUCGUCCUCCUCGACCCCUCGUACCCGGUCUCCGGUCGAGAAGUUGUCACGCAGACAGAAAACCAACGAGUCUAUCUCGGAAGUCGACGAAGAUGCCGAAGCCCGACCGACUUUGCAGGACAAGGCGAGGACGGCGACAACUGUGUCGUCCCCAACUCCUCCUUCAAACACUCCCAACACCAGACCUGCCCAGGCAUUCUCCAACUCUGUCCAACAGAUAAGUUCCCUUAGUAAUGAUCACGCCUCAUCGGCGACCAAGGUAACCAUCCUGAGCGUUACUCAUACCAACGGUGUCAUUGCCGAGGACCGCGUGUCCUCGCCGCGCAAACGGUCUCGAACUACCCCGAGCGUGCCUGAACGCAACAAUGGCCGGCCAGCAGCACAAGUGGCCCAUUCCCCGACAGCCAGCGUCGGGGCAGUAACAGUCGAACGGUCUGCAGCAAUUCAUGAUUCACCCGACCACUCUCGGCAUCCUCGAACAUCCGGCUCCUCUGGCUCUUCUAGCACUGGAAAAAUCAGGGCCGUCAGAAGCUCAGAGGAGAGCAAGGCCUCCUGUCGCGCCGACAAUCUCCCUCGGAACUUUGAAGAGCUCAUCCAGAGUGAUGAAACCAUCCAGUACACCCUCACUCCGGAAAACAUGCGCCACCUUGAUGCGAACCGGGCACAGACUACGAGUCCGUCAAUCGGCCACAAAUCGAGGAAGAGUGAAAAUGCUCUCACAGUCAUGAACGGGGAGCGAAACAGAUCUUCCUCGAGCAUGGACAUGCGAAGGACUGUCUCCGUCAGCCGCGCCACAGGAUAUAGCUCGCAUCCACCCGAGGCCAAGCACAAAGGCUUCGUCCCAAGGGCACCUCCCAGCACAGUUUUGGCCCGACCCAAGACUGGCGGUCCGCAGGCGCGUGACGCCCGUGUACCCCGCGACACUGCAAUGAAUGACUUUGCCGUUUUCAUCAGGUCCACUGGCCCGGCAGCUGAGAACGGUCCUGCAGCACUACGCAACGUGAGCGGCCCUGUCGCGCCUCCGGUGAAGACCAACGUCGAACCGAAACGUGUAUCGUCAGCGAAUCGACCCCGCCUGCAGGCACGGGAUGCUGCUGUUGAUAACCGUGAAGAUAACUCUGACCUGAUUGAUUUUAUACGGAGAGGGCCACCAAAUGCAAACAAUCCUCGGAUCCCCCGUACGGUCGCCCCUUUCAGAACCACCAUGGAUUCAGAUCAGAUGUCCGGCGCUGUUGGUGGCAAGGCCGUUGAUGCCAGCCUUCCUGACAUCCGAUAUAGCCAAACCUCGACCACCGUUACGGAUACCACUCAGCCUUCUAUCCCGUCAUCAAUCAACUCGCAGAGUGCCCUCCUGCAGAAUCGCUCCAACGCCAAUGCUUUUGACGAGGACGUGAUGCCUAAGCGCACCAGACGUCGCGUUCGGGACCCGUACGCCAUCGACUUGAGCGACGAGGACGAGGAAGAUUAUGCGCAAGCAGUUCGACCUCCUCCCAAGAAGGAGGAGAGCUUGGCGGAUUUUUUGAGAAAUUACUCGCCACCUCCCGAGCCACCCUCCGUUCCGCAGAACAUUCCGAAGAGAAAGGCGAGCGCUCCCAGUCUCAUAGGGCGCUUUUCCAGGAAGGAUGGCAAUUCGGUACCCAACGGCGCAAAGUCAGCCAAAUUCGACAGCCGGUCUUUGAACAGUCGCUCUGGGGGUGGUCAUGGUCACGUUCCUAUCCAGAUCAAGGACCCUGCGGCUGAAGACAAGUACUCAGCCGGUGACACCACCGGGAACCGCCCGGCCAUGCAUUCCUCGGCCGGGCGCGUGCCGAUGAAAAGGUUUGAGCCGAGAGAGGCCGUCUCGUCCACUACCAGAACCAACGACCUUGCUACAUUCCUUCGUAGCGCCGAGCCGCCACAAAGUACGCCUGUGGCGCGCCCCGGGCCAUCGGCUGAGCCACAGCAGCAGAGUAGCAGUAGCGGAUUCUCCAAGAUGUUUAGUCGCCGGAAGAAGCCGAGCUUGGCCUAG